UAUAUAUAAAAGGAGAGGUAAAUCGGGCGGCCCAAUGACAUGAAAAGUUUUGUCGAGUGGAGUGAUGGUCGGAAUCUUCGAGAAGGAUUCUAAAGAGGAGUAAGUGAAGGAGUUAGGAGUGAGAGGGUAGAAGAGGUGAGCGGUGUGAGAAGUGAGAAGAGAAUGGCUUUGUGUGGCAGAGGCACAAUCACAGCAAUACGUCGCGCUUUAAUCUUCCAAAACACAUUUUCCCCACCCAUUUCCCUUGAUCGCCAUUUCUGUUCCACCAAGAACAAGAAGCCCCUCGACACGAAGCUCAACUUCUCCCUCUCUUCCGAUUCCGACGAUGACCAAGACAGCAACACCCACAUGACGAAGAGGCCAUUACCACCCCCUUACGACCCCUUCAGCAAGAAGCCCGCAAUUCAAGAGCCCAAGGACCCUAAGGACCUGCAGGAGAUUUUCCACAACAUGAGGAACGGCGACGGGCUGUUCAACCACGCAGUUAAGAUGUUCGACGCAUUGUCAAAAGAGGGUCUGACCCACGAGGCCUUGGAGCUCUUGGGCCAGAUCAAGGACAAGGGCCACAUGCCCGACGUGGUGGCCCACACCGCCAUCCUGGAGGCCUACGCCGACGCCGCCCAGCCCAAGGAGGCUCUGAAGGUCUACAUGCGCAUGCUCGCUUGUGGGGUCUCCCCCAACGCUUACACCUACGCUGUUCUCGUUAAGGGGCUUGCUUCGGAUGGAAAGUACGCGAAGGAGGCGAGCAAGUACAUGUUGGAAAUGAUGGAUAAGGGGAUGAGGCCCAACGCCGAGACUUAUACCUCCCUGUUUGAGAGGUUGGUGAGGGAGGAGAGGCUGCACGAGGCUGCACGCUUGCUGGAACAGAUGAAGGAAAAGGGGUUUGUUCCCGACCACAAGGCUGUGCAUCAGGCUCUCUCCGCUAAAAGAGGGCCUGUCUUUAGAAUUCUUAUCAACCUUCUUUUUGGCAGCUAGUCUAACCUCUGUUUUUCUUCACUACCAAAUAUUAUUCAGAUUGCAUGUCUUUGCUUUUAAUUUUAAUACACGUGGUAUUUCUUCAUUUC